AUGGCAAAGGAUUUGUCUUUCAUCCAGUAUAUUUUUGAAGAAGGAGAACAAGAAAUAGUAGUUCAAGCUCACGGAAAUGCAAAAAAAAGAGAUACCGGAAACGCUGGGUAUAAGCGCACGAUGAAGAGCACAAAAGAUCUCAUCACGGAGAAGCUAACGGUACUACCACCACGCAAGACAACGCACCAGAUUAUUAAAGAAAGGGGUGGUAUAAUGAAGAUCAGCCAGGCAGGAGAAUUUCCACGAAACCGCACGCAGGUUUACAACAUCAACAGAAAGUUGAAGAAAAGAAACGGAAACACGACUCUCCCAAGCAACGACCCUUUGUUGCAAGUUAUAACCAAGGCGAAAGAAAAGCAAAAAGGAAGGAUCGAGAACGCUCUUAUUAGAGAAAUCCCCUUGUUCCCAGAACCCAUCGUUUUCCUGGCGUCUGAACAGCAAUUGGAAGAUAUCGAGCGCUUCUGCACAAAUCCUGCAAAAUUUUGUGUUCUUGGUGUGGAUGCAACGUUUCAAAUUGCAGGUUUCUACUUCACUUUCACCACAUACAGAAACCUUAUGUUAAGAACAGACAAAGGAAACCAUCCUGUUUUCAUUGGGCCAGGAAUUCUUCACAAACAAAAACUUUGCACAUCCUACAAGACGCUGCCUCUUCUCAUGUCUAAAUACCGCAUAGGAACGAAUGGAGUUUUAGUUUAUGGAACCGACGGUGAAGCAAACAUGGCCAAAGCCUUCUCGGAUGUUUAUCCAGACGCAAAGCAUUUGUGUUGUGAUAUUCACAUGAAGGACAACGUCAAGCGCAAACUGAGUCAACUUGGAAUUACUGGAACGCUCGCUAAAGAAAUAGUAUUCGACAUAUUUGGUAAGAAAGUGGACGGUGGCAUUGAUGGAGGUUUGGUCGACUGCACUUCCAACAAAGAAUUUGAAGAUGCUGUUACAUCAGUUACUGACAAGUGGAAUACCAUCCAUGAAAACGGGGCUAAAUUUGUCCAUUAUUUCCUGAAAGAAAAAGCUGAUGUCAUUCGAGAAACGGCCAAAGCUGAUGUCCGCUCUGUGUGUGGUCUGGGAUAUCCUCCAAAGGUCUACACUCAAAAUGCCAACGAGUGUAUGAAUCGACUCAUUAAAGCUGAAGAUAAUUCAAACUACUCCAAGAAAGAGCCUUCACUACUUCCUUACGUAGAAAGGAUAAGAAGUGAAAUCCAACGUCAACAAGAUGAGCAGUUUUUGGCAGUUUUCGGAAGAGGCCAAUACCAGCUAACAGAGGAGUUUUCAUUUCUGAAAGUAGAAGAACGGAACUUUUACACGAUGACAGAUCUUCAGAAGAAAUCUCUGAAGAAAAAAUUCUUCUCAAUCAAAAUGACCGAAAUACAAGAGGCUCCAGGUACAAAUGAAAUGCCGUCCUUGUCAGUAUCACCCGAAGAUGCACAAAUCAUCGACAUUCCAUUUACUCUCCUAAAAGGAAUGUUUGACAAAGCAGCUACUUUAAUUUAG